GGCUUCAAGGAGCCCGAGACACGUCUUCACCCUGAUGCUGCUGCUGCUGCUGCAGCGCGACCCAGGAUGGCGGUAAACUCAGGGCCACCGCCGGGUAUCGGACCUUUCUAUGAAAACCAUGGGUACCAGCCGGAGCACCUGUACCCCCCGCCGCAAGCUGCGCCUCCCAGUCCCUACGUGGCAUUCCCGGCUUCAUACUACCCGUCCCCCGUCCCCCAGUAUGCCCCGAGGGUGCCCACGUACACCUCCAGCCCGGCCGCCGGCACGCAGCCCCCGUCGCCCUCAGGAGCAGUGUACGCCUCAAAGACGAAGAAAGCGCUGUGCGUCACCCUGGCCCUGGUGGCGGUCCUGGUGGGUGCUGCGCUGGCUGCCGGCCUGCUCUGGAGGUUUUUGGACAACCGGUGCAUCUCGGGGGUGGAGUGCGGCAGCUCGGGGACCUGCAUCAGCGCCGCCCUGUGGUGUGACGGGGUGUCCCACUGCCCCAACGGGGAGGACGAGAACCGCUGCGUUCGCCUCUACGGACCAAACUUCCUCCUUCAGGUCUACUCGUCCCAGAGGAAGUCCUGGUACCCUGUGUGCCAAGACGACUGGACCAGCACCUACGCCCGGGCGGCCUGCAGGGACAUGGGCUAUCAGAGCAGUUUUUAUUCUAGCCAAGGGGUACAGGAUGACAGCGGCGCCACGAGCUUCAUGAAGCUGAACAUAAGUGCGGGCAACAUCGACCUCUACAAGAGACUCUACCACAGCGACAGCUGCUCCUCGCGGAUGGUGGUCUCCCUGCGGUGCAUAGAGUGCGGCGUGCCCUCCGUGAGCCGGCAGAGCAGGAUCGUGGGCGGGUGGGCCGCCAGCCUGGAGCAGUGGCCCUGGCAGGUGAGCCUGCAGGUGCAGGGCGUGCACGUGUGCGGGGGCUCGAUCAUCACCCCGGAGUGGAUCGUCACGGCCGCACACUGUGUGGAGAAGCCUCUGGACAGACCUCGGCACUGGACGGUGUUCGCAGGCAUCCUGAGACAGUCUCUCAUGUUCUACGGCCACGGCCACCGGGUGGAGCGGGUGAUCUCACACCCCAGCUACGACCCCAAGAGCAAGAACAACGACAUCGCCCUGUUCAAGCUGCAGACGCCCCUGAUGCUCAGCGACAGGGUGAAGCCGGUGUGUCUGCCCAACCCGGGUCUGAUGCUGGACCCCGAACAGCAGUGCUGGAUUUCUGGGUGGGGCGCCACGUUUGAGAAAGGGAAGACCUCAGACAUGCUGAACGCCGCCAAGGUACCUCUCAUCCAGCCCUCGGUGUGUAACAGCAAAUUAGUCUACGACAACCUCAUCACGCCGGCCAUGAUCUGUGCAGGGUACCUACGGGGGGGCAUCGACUCCUGCCAGGGUGACAGCGGGGGGCCGCUGGUCACACUGAAGAACGGAAUCUGGUGGCUGAUCGGGGACACGAGCUGGGGCUCAGGUUGUGCCAAGGCGUACAGGCCCGGCGUGUACGGGAAUGUGACGGUGUUCACAGACUGGAUCUACCGACAGAUGAGGGCAAACAGCUGAUCCCCAGGCCCUGGCUCCACAGACACCCGCCCACAGCGAAGAAGGGGCUGACCUGAACUGGCUCCGCACUCGAGUCCUGUGGAGGUGAUUCGAAGGUCCUUUCACUUUUAUUAAACAAUCACUUGUCUGA